GCCACGCCAACUGUCGCAGCAUAGGGGCCCCGUGACCUGCAUCGAGAUCAACAGCGAGUCGGAGGUCAUGGCGUCAGGGUCGCACGACAAGACGGUGAUCCUCUGGUGUCUGGAGUCGCUGACGGUGCUGAACGAGAUCAGCGUGCCCGCGGCCGUCACCCACAUGUCCGUGUCCGGCGGUGCGAUGUUCCUGCUGACGGCCUGCCUCGACAUGAUGGUGUACGUCCACAGCUUCACCACCGGCAGUCCUCUGCACUCGCUGCACAAUCAUCAAAGUCAGGUGACGUCUCUGGCGUCGUCGAAGGACGGUGCCAGCAGGGUGCUAGUGACCCACGUACAGCCUCUGACAGUGAAGCCGCGCGUUUACGUGUCGGACCGGAAAAAGAUCCCGGUGGAGCACCAAGCGGACAUCACUUGUGUGGACAUAUCAGCUGACGAAACUAUGGUCGUUACGGGCUCCUCCGACUCGCACCUGAAGGUGUGGCUGGCGCCAUCCGGUGACCUUCACGCGACCUUGGAGGGUCACACGGGUCCGGUGACGUGUGUGCAGUUCGCGCCGAACGGUCUGUACGCCGUCAGCGGCUCGCAAGACACUUCCAUCCGCGUCUGGGGACUCACGCUCAAUCUGGUGGUGGCCGCCUUCACAGACCACAUGACUCCGGUGGUGUCCGUAUGUGUGCUCUCGGACAGCAAGCGCACUCUGUCGGCGGACAAGGGCGGCGUGCUCAUGCUGUGGCAGGUGGAGACGGGCGUGGUGCUGCUGACCUGCCAGGGGCCCGGAGAGUUGAUCCGCGUGACUCCCGACCAGACCUACGCCAUCUCCGGCAACAGCGCUGGCCACCAGCUGUAUGUUUGGACGCUGAAUAAAAACGAAACCAAGAACACAAUCAGUCAUAAUGACGUCAUACGCUGCUUUGACGUCAGCAGCGACAGCUUGCACGUCAUCACAGGCUCCAAUGACGCAUCGCUCAAAGUGUGGACCAUCGCGGAGGGGCGUCUUACGCAGGUGCUGGUGGGGCACGAGGCGGCGGUGACCUGCGUCGCCUACCCAGCCUAUGUCAGCCACACGGCCGCCUCUGGAGGCGACGACUGUCUGGUCAUGGCCUGGGACGUGGACACUGGUCAGACCCGCCAGGUGAUCAGGGACCACGUGGCUCCUGUGACGGCGGUGUGCAUGACGGCCGACGCCGGACUGGUCAUCUCAGGCUCGUCGAACGGCUGCCUGUUUGUACACAGUGUGACCUCCGGACAGCGGGUGACCUCUGUGAACUUGCACGUGGCCGUGGCGGGUCUGUGUAUAUCCAAUGAUGCCGGAAAAAUAGCGGCCAGGCUUCAAAAUAGCAAGUACUUUGCGCUGCUGAGCUUCUUAAACGUGCCGCCGCUGGCGAGGCAGGUGCGUCCUCGCACCGUGGCGCAACCAAUCACAGAGGGCCGUCGCCCGUGCGAGCCGUCCAUGUCCCCGGCAGCUGGCCGCCGGCCGCCGCCGCACCGGCGCGCGCUGAAGAAGGGCAUCUCCCUCGACACGUACACCUGGCAGCGCAAGUACGGCGGUCUGCUCAGCAAAAUGGCACCGCUGUCCCCCGUCAAUGGCGAGAAACCCCGGAGGAAAAUGGGAGAAGAAGAACUCCGAAUGUGCCCCGAAGGUGGCACCAUUCACACCAGCCAGGCGUCACCACGGCGGACCGAGUCCCGAGAGCAGCUGGGUGGCCCGGAGAACGGCUCGACGCGUCUGAGCCAGCCUCCGGCCGUCGCCACCCCCAAAAAGCGGGAGCUGAGCCGGACCAACACGGCGCUGGUGCUGACGGUGAACCGGCGCGCUGAGGAGCCAGCGCCGGGCGACCCCUCGCCCUCGCCCAUGCCGGAGUCACUGCUGCGGCUGCGCCUGCUGGAGCUGGUCGACCUGCUCCACCGGCCCGGGCAGCGCUCCAAGUUCUGUUCGAUCCUGUGA